AUGCACGGAGGUGCCAACAUAGAUGCCGCCUCAGCAGCAGCCGCCGCCGCAGCCGCCGGUUCCACUGCAGCCCCUAUCACGAGCUCGACAACAGAUAGCGGCUCUUCGGCAAGAAUCGACCGAGACGACGAUGGCGCGAUGAGAGACGAAGGAGAGGAAGAAGAUAGUGAUGUCGACGACGGACUGGCCACAUCCCUCGGUGUUCUCAAAGUUGACGCAGACCAUGGAAAGUCCAUGUACAUUGGUCAAGAACAUUGGCAUACCAUCUUAGCAGACAUCUCCGAGGUCAAGAAUUACUUUGUAAAUCACAAGAAGGACCUGGAGAAGAGCUAUGAGAAGGUUCUGUUGAGCAAACCGGCAGCGGCCCGGGACGGCCCAACGUUCCUGAUGGGCGCAUCUCCAGCGAGCGAAGUUGAGCUCCGAGCGGAAUUACCCCCGAAGUCGGCUGUAUUGACCCUAUGUGGACGAUACUUCAACUCGAUGGAUAACGCAGUCAACAUUAUUCAUGCACCAACUUUCCACCAGCAACUACGAGCACACUGGCAGGAUCCCUCGAAAACUCCCAUCAUGUGGUUAGGCUUGCUUUACUCGGUCUUGUGCCUGGCAAUGCUGAGCUACCACAAGGUAGGAGACGAGCCACCAGAAUGGAAGGGGCGGAGUCUGGAGUUGGCUGCCGAGUAUCGUCUACGUACGGUCCAGUGCCUAAUUACUGCAGACUAUACAAAACCAGUGGAAUACACAGUGGAGACCAUGGUUCUCUACGUGUUCGGAGAGUAUUCCUCGAGAUGGGAUGCCGAUUUGGGCCUUUGGUUGAUCAAUUCCUUGAUCGCCAGGAUAGCCUUCCGCAUGGGAUAUCACAGGGACGCGAAAUGGUUUCCAUCAUUAACUCCAUUCCAAGCAGAGAUGAGGCGUAGGACAUGGUCACUCGUGAGGAUGUCGGAUGUCGUGUUCUCGCAUCAGGUCUCCCUGCCGAACAUGAUUUAUGACCACGACUGCGAUACACAAUUACCGAACAACAUCUUUGACGAGGAGUUCGGCCCAGAUACCAAGGUCUUGCCACCUUCCAGGCCCAAUACUGAACCUACCCCUAUCAGCUAUAUGAUAGCAAAGGUUAAGCUAUGCCUGGAGCUGGGUAACAUCUUGCAAGCGACGAAUAGGCAGAGGAUGGAGAUGAUCAGCAGUCUCGAAACAGUUCGCGACAUCUGGGAAGGUCUGAAGGACGGCUCAAUGGAGGCGGUCAAGGCCUACAAUAUUCUCAAGAUCAUGCUCGAGAAGAUUAAGAACCCCGGUGGAGAUCCAGAUCUGAUCCAAGAUCCGGCGAGGAGAGACGUGGUGUGUGACAACCAGGAUGAGCCAAGCAUGCAACCUGAGCAUUCAGCCGCCAUGACACUCGGGAUGCUUUCUGGUGGUAUGAGUCCGAAUACGGCCGCCGCCUUCAGCACCGUCCAAAGUCCUGGCGGCACGAACUACCCGACAUUGGGAUUGAGUCUGCCUACAACUGAUGGACCCACUGGUCUUACACCGGACUUCCAGUCCGAUCCUCUGGGAAUGGCUAACCCGGCUUCUCCAUUCUCAUCCAUGUUUGGUACCAUGAAUGAAAUGGACCUCACACAAAAUUUUGAUUGGGAUGCGUUCCAAAACUAUACAGAAUCCGCCAACUGGGGCACCGAUCAGUCCUUCCAAUUCUUCUCUGGAAAUACAGAUCCUUCUCAGCAACAACAAGGACCGUCAACGACAGGGAGUGCGAGCGCAAGCGGAUACUCCUCCUUCACAAGCCCAAGCUCAGGGAUGCCUGGCAGCACCUAA